GUGCGGAGAGUGCACAGAGCUGUCCGCCAUCUUGUCAGCCCGUGUUCUCUCAGCCCGACUGCAUCGAAAAAUUACAAAUUUAAUCGUUAAACGCGUUGAAUGCCCAAUUAAAACACCAGAAAGUGCUGCAGUACACAUUUGCCCACAGCCAGGAUAUCGUCUUGAGUACGCAGCGCCAAGAUAAAGGGGUGAAAAUUGCAUUUGAAAGUGGAAUUGUUGGUGCGAAGAAAAAUUUUCUGCAGCAAAAAAUUCCCAGGUCAAGUAACCAGAGAUAGCACAACAACAACAACAAAAGAGCAACAAAGGCAGCCGAAAGAGAAGAGCCGAGGAAGAAAAGGAAACAAAAGCGGCAACGGCACGGCUUCACAUUGGACAUGUCAUGUCAGCAAGCCUCCAGAUUCCAUUCAGCCACCGCCACAGCCACAUUAGCCAAGAGCACAGCCACCCGGAGGAUAGCCACAGCAGCAGCCGCCGCCGCCGCAGCAGCAGCCAGUGCAGCAGCAACUGCAACAGCUACUGCAGCCGCAACAGCAACAGCCGCAACAGCGAUAACCGCAGCAACAGCAGCAGCAACGCUGACGCCAGUGGAGAGCAUCGCCGGCAAGACGACGUCCGAGGACUCGGAUCCCUAUGCCUUCACAGAGACUGUGGCCGUCACUCCGCCCAUUUUAUUCAAUGCACAGAAAUCGAGAGCCCGCCUAAGCGACAGCAAUAGAGGCAGCAACAAGAGGCAGACGGCAGCAACAGCUGCGGCCAGCAGGAAGGCGAGUCUGGUGGCGCAACUGAAUGCCACAGCAGCAGCAAAGGCGCAGGCGUCUUUGGCGAAUACCACAACGAAUUUCCAUCAUGUCACGCAAUCUCAGAGACAGUCGCCGGCGUUGCAGUUGCAGCUGCCAUUGCCGCUGCAAUCACAGUCGCAUUCGCAGUCGCAGGCCUCGCCGAAGCGGGCCACCAACGUGUGCGUAGUCCGGCCGCAGCAGCAGCAGCUGGAGAAGAUAGCCACCUCGGAGUCCUGCCAGCCGCCGGCAGCACCGCCUCCGCUCUACGCCCACACUCCAUCGCUGUGGCAGACGCCGCUGCUGCUCGAAAACGGGCAAAAGCAACCGCAGACGCAGCAGCAGCAGCAAACGCAGAAGAAACAUGUCCAGCACCAGCAGCAACAUCUCCUGCAACAUCUCCCGCAGCAUCAGCAACAGCUCCUAUUGCAGCAGCACCAACAGCUGCUACAGCAGCAGCAACAACAGCAGCAGCAGCAGCAGCAGCAACAACAACAACAACAGCAGCAGCAGCAGCAAUCCGUUGCCAUUGCGUUGGUCAGCCCGCCCACAUCGCCCGCCUCAUUACCUUCGCCCACUCUGCCGCCAGCCACAGCUGCAGUGACCGCCAUGGUGGCUCCGAUCUCCGUAUCGCCCAAGGGUGGACUACCCCUGCCGCCAUCGAAAUUCCAUCAUACCACACUGGCGCAACACCUACAGAAGGUGGAGUGCUUGAAGAAGAAGAAGUCCUUGCCACUGUCCUGCCAAAACAACAACAAUAACAGCCAGUUAAAGAACAACAACAAUGUCGGGGAGUCGCCCAACAAACCUGUGGUGCAGGGAACUAACUAUAAUCAGACCCAGCCGCCACCACUGAUGGUCUUUAACACGGGAACAGUUGCAGUUCCCGCGCCGACACCACAGAUUGCUGCUCCACAGAAACAUUCCACCGGCAACAGCGUGGAGGACAGCGAUCUCAACGAGAUACCCGUCAAUGUUAUCUUUCGAAAGCCUCCAGCGGCGGGCGGAGCAGGAGGUACAGGAGCAACUGGACAGGGAGCGCUGCAAUCCCGACCAGCAGGAGUAAAGCUGGUGACUCCUCUUACGCCGCCCUCUCCGCCGGAGAUGAGCGCACCGCCUUUGCUAGCGCAAAUGCAACCGCAAAUGCAACCGCAGAUGCCCACAUCUUGUGUUCCAGCUUUAGCUCCCAGCUUCAAAGUGAUGCCACCAGCAGUUCUCAGCCCCAAGGUGGUCCCACCUGCUCCCCCGAGCUCAAAGCUCUCGGUUCCGGCAGCACCUGCUUCAACGAACUCCCAGCAGGUUGCAACCACAGCUGUACCAGCCACCCCAACCUCAUCAGCACCCGCAUUAGCCAAGAAAACUGAACAAAUGUCUUCCAAAGUGGCCAAUUUAAUCACCGCCAACCGUCAAGCCCCGAUUGCUUCGAAAGGCGGCAGAAAAGGCACCACUAACACUAACAACAAUAGAAACAGCCAGAUCGUAGCAAAGAAACCGCAGCCAACAUCGAUGCCGCCUCCCCAGGAGCCGAUUGCGGCGUCGGCAACCAAGUCCACGGAUUCGGCUCAUCGUCAGCGACGCCGCAAGCCUGCCUCCAAACGCGACUCGGCAACUCUGAGCGAGAACGAAACCUUUUCGUCUGACUCGCCCUAUUGCCUGCAACAGCACUGGCUGCACUUUGGAUCCAAGGAUCAUUCCCACGACUCACCGCUGUCGCAGAGCAACCGGCGUGAGGAGCGUAUUGCAGUCCGUAAGGGAGUCCUGAGGCGUCAGGCGCUGCAACUGCUGUCCACAAGGUCGCUGCAGGAGCUACCCAUGCGAGCGGCCAAACAGAGGUUGCAGUGCGUCCAGAACAUGCUGAUUAAGUACCAGGAUCACGCCGGUCAACAGCAGGGAAUUGGAAUUGGCAACCGCUGCCUGGUGGCCAGCUGCAAGCAGCCCACGUUGAGCAUGGCGGCGCACUGUGAGCGCCACAUCGUGAACAACAGCACCCAGCAGCUUUUCCAGCCCUGCGUGGCCUGGCGAAUGGAUGGAACUGCCUGUCAGGCUCCUGUCUUCGAUGUGCUGCACACGCUGGCCCUUUGCAAGGUGCACAGCCACCUGCGUUCCGGAAUGGAUGGAACCCGUCCAGCACCGAAGCAGGUGCCUAUGAGUUUACCCGUCGCCAGUCUGGCCACGCUCUGUGUGCCUGUGAAGCAGCAGCGUAAGCGCAAGGCUAACGCCAAUCCCGUGGCUCGUCCGCAGAAACGUGGCAGAAAGCCGGCGAACGAACCAACGGUUAUCCAGAUCAGCCGGCAGAUAAACACACUGCCGCUGGUUCCAUCAGCGGGUAUGCAGCGCAAAAGCAGCACCACCUCGCUGGAGUCCAUUGCCAGCAACUCGCACUCGUCGGCCACCUCGCACUCCCAGCCGCCCUAUACGCCCGCAAAUUUGUCGGCUGCGGUUCCUGCAGCACAGAACUUACCCCAGCUAUCCAUUCCUCCAGCGCUGGCUCCACUCAGCGGAGAUUUUCAGCCCAAGCAGCAGCAGCAGCAGGAAACGCUCUUGGUGCCCAAGUUGGAGGUGGAUUCCCUGUUCAAAUUCGAGGCCGAUCAACCGCAGCAAGCACACCUGGGCCCAGGCCUACUUUCUUUGGACAAUGCCAAUAUAAAGGCCGAGGAGAUUAGCCAAAUUGUGGCCCAAUUGGCAGCGGCCGGUGGUGAUUUGCCCCAUCAGAAUAACAAUAACAACAGUAGCAAUCAUAAUAACAAUAGUGUGCACUUCAACAACAACAAUAAUGUAAACUAUAGCCACAAUAACAAUAAUCAGCACAGUUUUCCGUCAUUCAACACGGCCUUUGGUAAUGCAAUGGGCCAGCCAACCAACACAAUCACGCACAAUGGCCAUGCUGCUCCCGCUGUUCUGGCCAACACGGCAGAUCUGCUGGGCCAGGAUAUGUUUGGUAUUUGCGAGAACAGCUCGGCGUACGCCAGUUCGGAAGACACCGGCCUGGGCGGACUCAGUGAGUCGGAGCUGAUAGGCGCUAACGAUGCUGAUGACAUAGCAUUGAAUGGCGCCCACUUGCUGGAGGAGCACGAUCUGGUAAAUGUGUUCGACACGCUGCCGGACGAUGCCUUCAACGAGCUGUUCCAAUCCGUGCAACAAGCCGAGUGCGAGGCCAUGGAUCGGGCCUUGGAGAUCGCCGAUAAGAACCUCAAGUGUCUGCAGCAGACGAUCGGCGGCUCGGCGGACAGCGCCUUUCUUAACGAUUUUCUGGACGUUAACGAUGAUCUGCUAGCUGAUGCUGUGAUGCACUCGCCGAACACAUCCGGCAUAGAUGCCGCCACUCUGUUCGUGGACAGCAGCAGCGGCGGCGGCAACAGCAGCAGCAACGGCGCCUCCGACAUCCGGGGCCUGGUGCAGACCUAAUUCCGGCAUCAGAUCGGAUUUAGGGCCUUCAGUUCAGAGUUCACUAAGAAAGAGAUUUUCCAAACUAAAUAUUUCCCAUUCACUUUCGGGCAGCUUUCGCUAAGAGUAUUUCGGUAUUUUCUUCUUUUGGCAAUUUUAUAACUGCGAUUCUGGUUCGGCACAAUCUUCUAUAUGCUGCUUAAAAGUUAUAUGCAUAAUUAAAUAACAUUCAAGAAAACCAUAUAGUUAUGCGUUAAUGUGAAAAACCUAAAAAAAAAUUACAAAAAUUAAAAAACUUUGAAAAAAUGUCCAAAAAUAUUUAAAUCAAUUUAAUGAAACAACAAUAAGAAUGAAAUGUACAUGUAAUCGUACACGGAAGCAUAAAAUAUGUAAAUUCGCGGGAAACUGUAGCAUUACAUAACUCUUAAAGUAAACUUAAUUUGUUAGUGAGCCAACAAAGGAUUGUAGAGAGCAGCUUUAUUAUACAUAUAAAUCGGAAAAUAUAGAAAGAUACCAGGAGCAAACAGAUAAAAUGAAACCGAAAUAGUAGGAAAUCUAGCAACAAAUUUGAAUUCUGAAUUAAAUCACGAACGCUACACAGUGAGAGUUCGUUUACCUAAGUAAGCCUAGAAUUUGUUUAAACAUUUUGUGAGCGCAUUUACAACAAGAACACCUUACACUCAAACGAGGAUUGCAAUCAAUUUCGAGUAAAUCAAAAAAGAAGCAGAAGAGUUUAAGUUUGGUUUAGUUCUUGGUUUGCACGAAACACACACCCAUACCUACACCCACACCAACACACAUACAACGUACAAGGGACUAGUUUGAAACCGCGAAUCGUAUUACUAAAUAUAUAUACAACUAUAUAUACUUAUAUAUAUAAAAUAUAACUAUAUAUACAUAAUACUACUUAAAUAUAUCUGUACACAUACGUUUAAGUGUAAGCUUUAAUUUAAACCAACCCACAAAACAAAGAAAGAAAAAUCAAUAACAAAAAAAUCAACAGAAUGUAAAAGUGUAAACUCGAUUUAUUUUUAAGCUCUUUUAUUUAGCCAUUGCGCCAUGGCCGGAAACUUUGUUCGAUUUUAAUUUAGCCUAACAAAUUUUAAAAGCAAAAUUAGGCUGACCGACAAUUUUUGAGUUUUUACCUUGCGUUCGUCUAUCUAGAUUCUGUAAAUUAACAAAUAUUAAAUAGAACAUAAAUGAAAUGUAAUUUUCUUUAGUCUAGUGACAAGCAACCACUUAUAAAACGAGAUAUAUUUAUACAACAAUACACAAAACAAGCAAGAAAACUGUUACGCUUUAAAAUACGAUAUAUACCACUCACUGGAGCCCGAUCCCGAAAUCACAACCCUCAAACAAAACGUAAAGAAGUUCAGACCCCAACCAUUCCAUCCCCAUCCAUUGUAAGAUUUCAUUUCUCAUCUGUCACAUGGAAUCUAAGAAAGUAUUAAAUGUACGUAAAACGUUUAAUAACACUAGAUAACUAUGUAUUUGUAUAUGUAUCACACGCAUCGACUUGGCAUUAUGUUGAAGCACCCAUCGCACACUCGAACACAUGCAUCUUUCAUUGGGAUUUUCGUUUGGGCCAUGCGGAAAUCGAAGCGAAACGAUAGGAGCAGAAGGAACUACUUUAAACAUAAUGGAACUCUGUAAUAUAUGAUAUACGAUUAACUCCCACACUCUCACUCUCUAUCUUUAAUCCCCUAUUAAGAUAUAACUGUAUGAAUUCGUUCUUGAGUUGGUUGACUACCGAUUACCGGGUUGAUUACUAAUUACUUUACUCUGAUCUACAUCGCUGUGCAAGUGACGCGAACAAAAUUUAUGUUCUUUUUUAGUAGCGAAACUACGAAACUAUGUAUUUGAUUAUAUGCUUUAAACCCUAUUUUUGUUACAAAAAACGAACCCUUACUUUAUAAGAACUGUAGCGAUGAACCUACAAACCCGCAUCCCUCCAGUAGCCGCCUCGUUUCCACCAUUUGAAGUUUUGUCUAUGUUUUCGGUAUGAGGUACAAUUUCAUUUUGUAAUUUACGUGCAUUUUUGUGAUCUAAUUUGUGUAACUAUUAUAAACGAAAAAAAAGAAACAAAAUACUUUAAGAAAACGAAACAAAAAAAAUAAAACAAAUCGAAGCAAAUGAAAAAA